AUGAGCGAAUCCGCAUUCCACACCGCCGCUAUCGCGUCCACCGAAUCGCAGCCAGCAAAGCGCUCCUUCAUCGCGCGCAGAGCCUCCCCUUUGCAAGUGCUGCAGUCCACAAGCUCUUUCUCCCCCCACUUCGGCCAGUCGAAGAACCGCGCCACCGCCGUCGACCGCCGGAGAUGUAGAUCCUGCAACUGCAAACAGCUGGCGGGGAUAUGCUCCUUGAGCGCCUGGACCAGCACCGUGCCCGCCUUGACGGCAAAAGCUAGUAUCGCCUUCCGCUUGUCGACCUUCUCCAGAGACGCGACGAGUAGACGUGGCGUCGAAGAUGAGGUAUGGGAAGGGAGCAGUGGUGGAUUGGAUGAGGGAGAGAAAGAGGGCAAGACCGUUGCUGGAGGCAUCUUGGAGGGGUAUGAGCGCGAUGCCGUCCACAAGGUCCCCGGAGGAGGAGGGGGCAGGAUAACCGCUGAAGAAGUCCGAGAGCUCCUCCAAGAGCCUACGUCGAAAGUAGAAGCAGAGCUUCACUUCGUCAUCGCGUCCGGUCGUUCCGCUGAUGUUGCUGGCCAUGAUCGAUGCGGUUUGAUGCCGGCUAUACGCCGAUGCCCGGUCAAGAGCGAGAGGUAUCGCGCUAUCCGAACGCUGACGGUUGACCGUGGACGGGAGAGUCUCUCGCUGAUGAUGGAGCCUGGGCAAGAGUCGCCAGUAUAUGAUAGAUGUGUAUGGGGAGGUAUAGAGGUAAACGCAAAGCCUAAAGUGUGCACUCUCAAAGUGUGCCAAGGUGAUGAGGCAACCGGCAAAAAGUAUAUCGGAAAGUGGGGGAAGUUCUCGUAUCAAUCGAACUUAGCUCUAAGACGGGUUUACAUCUCCUCCAAGCGCCUGGACCGGACACUGGGCGAUGGCUCCCCUGGCUUGGAUCGCACAGAUCACUGCCCAGACAGCUCCAGUAAUGUCACCUCUUCCCUCUUCCUAUCAAGGCGAAGUCACGUGAUCUCCUGGCGCUCCGCCGAGCUUCGGGCGCGCCGCUUGAACGUCGCACUAGUGCUGCAAUUCACAUUCUUCUUCGCCAUCACACAUCUUGGAGCCAUUGCCCAGCAGGGAGUGUCAAUUGAGAUGUCCAACAACAAUCCCGAGGCUGCCGGUGUCAAAAAACCAGGCGACAUCAUCCUACAAGCGGAUGACAAGCUCUGCUUCUAUUUCCGACUCCCCCUCCUCGCCGAAUUGUCAAACUUCUUUGGCACCCUCCCUCCCUCCUCAUCCUCAGCGGAUCUUGUCGAUGGAACCGCCGUCCUCCCCCUCAAUCGCGCCACGAGCGGCGGUCUCACGCUCUUCCUUUCCCUCGCCCAGUCAAUCACAACCCUCCAUUUCUUGAAUCCCACCUACUACGACGACGCGUCCAUCAUUAACGCAGCCAUCCUGGCCAAGCAAUUUGACACACCAAUAGUAUACCGGCUCCUCUCUGAUUACCUCCGCCCGGCGGGUCGGAGAGACAACUUCAUGGUCUUCGCGGUAUGGGCCAUCAGCGGAUCAGCGAGGCGGACCAAAGAGGCGGCGGAAGCCACGCUCGGAAGCGACUUGAGCAAGGCAGACCCUUGCAUCCCCCAGGCCCUCGCCGGCGAGCGCAGUGGGGCUUGGACGAGCCUUCAGGACCUGCACAUCCGCCACGUUAUAGCCAUGCGGCGGUUUCGGGAGUUCCCAGAUUGGGGAAAGCGGGCCGGGAUACGUGGGAGACAUACGGAGCUUUGUCCUGCCUGCGGGAUGGACAAGGAGGAUCUACUAGAGGGUGUUGAGAAGCGCUACUCGGCGUGUCAGUCGGCGGAGGAGCUGGAAAAGGAAUUAUUGGCGGGCGAUAUGGGGGUGCAGUGCCGAGCUUGCCGGCCCGUGGCAUUCAGGUACUUUUAUCCCAGGGUGACAUGGACCAGAGCCUUCAGCUCAAGGUACGAGUUCCGUGGCACGGAGCGCGAGUACUAUGACCAGGCCCAGGAGGAAGACGAGCGUAUCGAUGCGGGGGAGUACGAUGACUGCAUUUAG